AAGGCGGCAGCUGCCAGCUACAGCCACGCGCCGCGCCGGCCGCGCUACAGCUGCUACUGCUGUUGGCUACAGCGCUAGUCACAAGACUGCCGUCAUGACCCCUUCUUGUCUUCUAACCUAAAUGAUAGUCCGCUUGAACCAGAACACACGAUGAGCGGAAAUUCGAUCAAAUCGAUGCUUUCGGAACGAAAGCUACGUACACUUUCCCGAAGAGGCAUCGGUGACCAACUUCACUACGUUUCGAAACACUUGAAGCCGUCCUACCUCUGGGAUCUCUCCGAGCCAACAGUAGCAACCGUCGACGAAUGCAUUCGGCGCUUCAACGACUCUUUCAACACUCGCCACCUCAGAAGCGUUCAAAUCGGCGACUGCGAUCUCCUCGUAUGUAACCCCGAGCUAACGCUUCAACAUUUGAAGGACGUGGUGUUCUCGAACAACGUGCGUUUUGUCGACGUAUCGUCGACCCAAAGGCGACCGACGCUUCUGACCACUUUGCCCUCUGACCUCGAGGUUAUGUUGCGCUGUCUGCUGCGUCAGCUAGAUCGGUUCUCGCUAGAGGAUCGCAAACUCUUGCGGCUUGAUCUCAAGUCGGGCUGGAAUAUGUGCUCGGCGUUCGGCGUGUUUCUGGGGUUCCCGGUCGUGUACUGGUGUUCCGUCGAGUCUGACUCAAACUGCCUGUCGAUGGAAGAGUUGAAAGUGCUCAGCGUGCGUUGCCCGAAGUCGUACGACGGCACUGAGAACUUAGAUUUGGGCGCAAGCAACGAAGUGUACUCGUUUAGCUUUCCCCUGUGUUUGGAGCCGGAGUUGGGAGGGCACGUGCGGUGUUGGUUCGAAGGAUUGAGGACUCGUUUUGCGGACCUGAAGCUGACCAUGACCAGUAGGGUGUGUUGUUAUCCGACAGUGGCGCUAUGACGUUGAGUUUAUUGUUUUCAAAAGACCCUAUCUCCUCAUCUAGUAGAAUUGCAGAUACUGCGCAGUGGCACGGGAAAAUGGUGUCGAUUUAGUAACUUAUAAUAUGCGCACAGGGGUUGCAGUGAUGUCAGAACGCCAAGCUCUUAUUGGCUGAUGGAAAAAAAAAUAGUGGGUAGUCUUCAAGGCAUCUAGCAUUGAGGUUACUCACUAUCCCAUCAAUCAAAGCCAAUCAGGGCUUGACGUUGUUCUGACCUCAUUGCAGCUCCUGCGCAAGAAGACGACGACUUGCUCUCCGCAUCAAUGUUUUUCUACCCCGUCACCCCUGAGCGGGAGGCACUCACUCGAUCGAAUGACGUUUUAGCGAACGCCCACGUUUCACCGAAUGACACUUUAGCGAAUAGUCGCUUUUCGCUAAAGUGUCAGUCAUUUUUGGGUGGGCCAAAUGGAUUCACGUUUUUGUAAUGAUCCGCCGCAGACUGUUGUCGCAAAGCGCCGUAAGCGCAGUGCGGCGGAUGGGUUAACGCGUGCCCUUGUUAUUCGCUAAAACGUCGAUUCGCUCGUGUGAUAGGGACCCCCCCUGAGCUGACUGCGUGAUAGGAGUUAUGCACUUGCCAGCCCAAUCAGAUGUUUCCCUUUCAUCACCUGACCCUGCAAUCUCCGCGCGACUCUGGGUGGGAGCACGAUCACGUGGCGAAAGAUAGACGCACGAGCGCAUAACUUCCGCCACAUCCCAUCCCAUCACCUUAGCGGUGAACUGUGUUGCCAUAGAAGUAGGCACGUGUUUCACGGUGUUUGUUGUUUUAGCGUAUCCCAAUAUUUUAAAGGGUGUGAAGAGAGGUGCAUGAUUUUCAAAAAGGGUCGACGUACGUCCCACAUUCCAGGAACGCUUGCUUACAAAUUCCAAGUGUUGACUGAGACAAUUCUAUGGCAGCUCGAUUUCGUUUUGUCCGCUCGCCGACAUUCUCAAAAGGUCAACACUCUUGGCUGCAAGUUUUUAAUGUUCACAUUAUUUUAAUUUUCUACUUCAUCUUACCCUACGAAUGACUGCAGUUAAAACCGUGGGCUGCCAUGUCCAGUCACGAGCCAUUUAGAAAUCGCACGGCGUAUGCGUCAAGACACACAGACUGAUGUGCACGUCCGAGUGAUGUUUCUAACUGGCUCACGACCAGACCUUUCAUCUUUGGCUAUAGUACAAUAUCCCCCCCCCCCCCCCCCCCCCCCAAAAAAAAAAGAAAAACUUUCCGAGUUUUUUUUAUUGCAAAAUUAAACUAUGCAUUGCCGAACACUCAUUCAUCGCCAAUAUAUAGAACUAGAGCACCGAAUCGGAUGCCAAAGUUUCAGCAUUAACCAUCAUAUUCAAAAGUUACAUUCUGUGAUGCACAGUUUAUUUCU